UCUCUCGCAUUUGAAAGGGAUUUUAUUCUAUCACAAAGCAUCGCAAACGCCAGCAAGAAUGAUUAAGAAAACGUCCUCGUGCGAAAACGAGUUUGACAUACCGGCCAAGAACUGCCACAGGAUGGUCAUUCUGGGCUCCACGAAAGUUGGGAAGACCGCCAUCAUCUCUCGGUUUCUCAACGAAAGAUUUGACGAACACUAUACACCUACAAUUGAGGACUUUCAUAGAAAAUUCUACAGCAUCCGAGGACACGUUUAUCAGCUGGAUAUUUUGGACACAUCUGGAAAUCACCCAUUCCCAGCCAUGAGGAGACUUUCAAUUCUUACUGGUGAUGUGUUCAUCUUGGUCUUCAGCCUUGACAACAGGGACUCGUUCCAGGAGGUGCAGCGUCUGAAGCGCCAAAUCCACGAGACCAAGUCCUGCCUGCGAAACAAGACCAAAGAGAACGUGGAUGUCCCGCUGGUCAUCUGCGGCAACAAGUGUGACAGAGACUUUUACCGUGAAAUCCAGGAGGAAGAAAUCGAGCAGCUUGUUGGUGGAGACGAGCACUGUGCGUACUUUGAAAUCUCGGCAAAGAAAAACAUCAAUGUGGACCAAAUGUUUCAAACUCUUUUCACAAUGGCCAAACUGCCCAACGAAAUGAGCCCCGACCGGCACUGCAAAGUUACUCUGCAGUACUGCGAUGUGCUACACAGAAAAUCGUUCAGGAGCAAGAAGUGCAAGGAUGGGAACGCGUAUGGCAUCGUGGCACCGUUUGCGCGCAGACCAAGUGUGCACAGUGACUUGAUGUACAUAAAAGAGAAAGCCGUAGGCGGCAGCCAAACAAAAGAAAAGGGCUGCAUCAUCUGUUGACAGUUUAUUUUAAAAAGGACAACGGACUUGUGUAAAAGUUUACGGGGCGUAUCAGCCCUUAUUACUGUGGACGUUUUGGUCCAUGCAGAACCAAGUGCAGCUGUCUCACCUCAUUCUUACAGGCUAUAUUGUAGUAAUACAGUAGAUGCUCUGGAAUGUCUUAGGUCUUAUCAAUGUACCGUAGCCUUUAGUGGCACUUACAAAUGUUUACAUUUUUGCUACCUGACUUGAAUGUAUGUAGCUGAACAAAUAUGAAUUGUAUGUAUUUAUUGUCUACAACUUUUGUACAGAG